CAUCAUACCUCUGUGUUUUUCGUUUUAAAACAUGUAGUGACGUCAUACCAUAGUAUCAGUUUUGAGCCAAAAUGGCUUCCAUAGCUCAUGGUAUAUGUGGUUCUUAAAGUCUUCCGUACCGGCUUCGCUCUGGUAUUUGACGUCGUUGAGGGAGUAUAUUCAGAGAAGCUUUUUUUUUUUUAAAAAAAAAAUAAACUGCUUUGAAAAAUUGCUACAUGAUAAGUUCCAAUGAAUGAGGCACCCUCUUACUUGUAAACAGAAUGGAAAGCUGCAGAUGGUGACACAACCCGAGCUCGACGAUCAUGGACAAAUUUGUUGUAAAGCUACCAGGGGAGCCCAAGAAAGAGAUCAAUCCUGCAGAGAAAACGUACAGACAGGCCACAAUCGAGUCAUUACGGAGAGUGGUGGUGAUAGAGGACAUCGAGAGGUACAAGUCUAUGCUGGAAUUACCUGGACAGACUGAGGAAACCAUGCUGAUGGCUCUCACGGAACUCCGCAAAAAAAUCCCGUCAAAACAAGUGCUCAGGUCCACUAAAAUAGGACACACAGUUAAUAAACUGCGCAAGCAUGGCGAUCCUGAGGUGAGCGCUCUAGCGAAUGAGGUGUAUACCCAGUGGAGAACCUUCAUUGAGGAGAAUGCCAACAAGCCCUCCAUAGAGGUCCGGUGUGACUCUCAAACGCAGAGCCUGAGAAACAAUGCCAGGAAACUACUUGCAGAUGCCAUGGGACUAGAGGCAGGUCACGCCCUCAUCGAGAACAUUGAGAGAGAGGUCUUCCAUCAGUCCUCCCGCCUUGUUAGUGGCUCGUAUCGGCGAACUGUCAGGGCACUCGUCUUUUGCUUGAAACACAAGCCUGAUGUCUGCGCACAGGUGAAGGACAGCAAGAUGCCAGUGAACCAGCUUGUUACCAAACACAAAAAGUAAGCUGAGGCCUUGAAUCUCACUUACUUUCCAGUCACAUUGAUAUGGACAGGAACAACAAUUUUAAAUGACCUCAUC